CUAACGUUGGGGCCCUAGCUAACAAAUUCCUGCCUCCAAGCCAAAGCGGGCACUCCACCGAGGGUCGCGACAUGACAUUCGUUCACACACGUACGUGGGGGAGACUGUCGGAUGCGCCGUCAUCUGGUUCGUGGCCGAGGGGUUGGCGGUGGCGUAUAUAGGAACGAGGUCUGGCCUACCGCGCAUCGCUGCUUCACUCCUCUCGUUGUUUUCCCCAGGUACAGCUUUUCACAGGUAUCUGACAUCCGCGUCGUGCCUUUCUCCCACGUCCAAAGAACACCAGAAACGCCCCCAGAAUGAGCCCCUCCGCCGUCGACAACUCCACCAGCGUGGACACCAGCAAGGCGCAACUGAAGCCCAACAUUGGCGUCUACACCAACCCUGCGCACGACCUCUGGAUCACAGAGGCGGAGCCGAGCGCGGAGAACGCAAAGACCGGGGCUGACCUGAAGCAUGGCGAGGUGACCAUCGCCAUCCGGAGCACAGGAAUCUGUGGCUCCGAUGUUCACUUUUGGCAUGCGGGAUGCAUCGGCCCCAUGAUUGUCGAGGGCGACCACAUCCUCGGCCACGAAUCUGCGGGUGACGUUAUCGCCGUCCACCCAUCCGUGACACACCUCAAGGUUGGCGACCGCGUCGCCGUGGAGCCCAAUGUCAUCUGCAACGAGUGCGAGCCCUGCUUGACCGGUCGCUACAACGGCUGCGAGAAGGUCCAGUUCCUUUCGACGCCGCCGGUGCCUGGUCUCCUCCGUCGCUACGUGAACCACCCGGCCGUGUGGUGCCACAAGAUUGGAAACAUGUCAUACGAGGACGGUUCGAUGCUGGAGCCUCUGAGCGUGGCGCUGGCUGGCAUGCAGAGGGCCAAGAUCGAGCUUGGUGACCCCGUCCUCAUCUGCGGUGCCGGGCCCAUUGGUCUCAUCACUCUGCUCUGUGUCGACGCGGCGGGCGCCUGCCCCAUUGUCAUCACCGACAUCUCCGAGUCCCGCCUCGAGUUCGCCAAGUCCAUCUGCCCGCGCGUCAUCACGCACAAGGUCGAGCGCGGCACGGCCGAGGAGGCCGGCAAGCGCAUCGUCGAGUCCUUCGGCGGCGUCGAGCCCGCCGUGACCAUGGAGUGCACGGGCGUCGAGAGCAGCAUCGCGGCCGCCGUGUGGGCGAGCAAGUUUGGCGGCAAGGUCUUCAUCAUUGGCGUCGGCAAGAACGAGAUCAACAUCCCCUUUAUGAGGGCGAGCGUGCGCGAGGUCGACAUCCAGCUGCAGUACCGCUACAGCAACACCUGGCCGAGGGCGAUCCGAUUAGUGGAGAGCGGCGUGAUCGACAUGAAGAGGCUGGUGACGCAUCGCUUCAAGCUCGAGGACGCCAUCAAGGCGUUUAAGACGUCGGCGGAUCCCAAGAGCGGCGCGAUCAAGGUGCAGAUCCAGAGCUUGGAAUAGAAGCUCCAUCAAUGUCAUCAGGUUCGGGGGGUAACAGGAGUUGCGGGUUCAUCGGGGGCAACAAAUAGAUCGCCACAGUUUUUUUUGGACGUGAUUUCAAUGCAUGAACUCUGGUUUUGUGAGCAUGGUGUAUUGAGAAAGUCAUUGUAUGAGGCAAAAGUGAGAAUUCAUCAGCGGACGAUACUGAUGAUACGUGACUGUGUGAGGGCGGACGCGACUGUGGACCACACGAUGAAGGCAAGA